GAAACCGAUCGAAAAGGAAACUUCAAAAGCUCCUCUAAAGCAAAGUUUCAAAGCGAUGCACACUUGAUUUCUGUGUCAGGUUUCAAUGUGUUGUUAAUGAAAUCAAUAACAAGAUCAAGACUGUGCUGUCGAAGGAACUGGACCAGACGUUUGACAUGAAUCUCGAACUGCUUCAAUCGUUUGGGCAAAGCUACCCUGAGGAGUAUGAUGGUAGUUUAGACUCAGUUAGUGUUGCAGGAACAGCAUCAUUCAAUCGGCGAGGUUCUCUCUUGGCUGUGGGUUGCAAUGACGGACGUAUUGUCAUUUGGGAUUUUCUAACAAGAGGAAUCGCUAAAAUAAUCAGUGCCCAUGUACACCCUGUCACUUCUGUUAGCUGGAGUCGUAAUGGUCGCAAACUGCUCAGUGGCUCUAAUGACUGGAAUGUGUCAGUGUGGGAUGUCUUGUCGGGCGAGUGUGACCAGAAGUACCGUUUUCAAUCUCCUGUCACCAAAGUGCAGUUUCAUCCAAGAAACAAUAAAAUCAUCCUUGUCUGUCCUAUGAAACAUGCACCUGUGCUUGUGAAGCUGGAUGGACAGCACUUCUCCUUGCCAAAUGGUGGAGAGUCUGAACAGAACAUUGUGGCAUCAUUUGAUAGAAAAGGAGAAUACAUCUACACAGGGAAUUCUAAAGGCAAGGUGCUGGUGAUUGAUGCAGAGACUCAUGAAGUAGUGACAUCAUUUAGAAUCCAAACAGGAACAAGUGCUAACACAGCUAUCAAGGCAAUAGAAUUUGCCAGAAGAGGCAGUGCUUUCCUAAUAAACUCACAGGACAGAAUAAUCAGGGUGUUUGACAGUCAGAUUGUGCUAUCAUGCAGAGGAACUGAAGGAGCGGAACCUGAGCCAAUACAGAAACUUCAAGAUCUUGUUAACAGAACACUGUGGAAAAAAUGUUGUUUCUCGGGUGAUGGAGAAUAUAUCUGUGCAGGAUCAUCUCGGACACAUGCACUCUACAUCUGGGAGAAGGGAGUUGGGAAUCUAGUCAAAAUCCUUCAUGGAACUAAGGGUGAACUGUUAUUGGAAGUGGUGUGGCACCCAAUCCGACCAAUUAUAGCCUCGAUUUCAAGUGGAGUAGUCUCGAUUUGGGCCCAAAAUCACGUGGAAAACUGGAGCGCAUUUGCACCAGAUUUUAAAGAGCUGGACGAAAAUGUAGAAUAUGAAGAGAAAGAAAAUGAAUUUGACAUAGAAGAUGAGGACGAAGAAGCUGAAGUGCCUUCUGAAACGGAAGCAGGGGAAGAGGAUGAAGUCGAUGUGUGUGCGGUGGAAAGAAUUCCAGCUCUGUGUAGCAGCGAUGAAGAGAACGAUGAAGAUUUGGACUCGAUUUACUACCUUCCCGUAGCACCUGAAGUUGACGACCCUGAGGAGACUGGAUGGACUCAAGAGAACGAAAUUCACGUCCAUGAUCCCGAACACAAGAGGCGCGCUUCUCAGGAGACUGGAGCUGAGUCGCAGAGAAAAAAGGUUAAGGUGAUCGACAUCCGGCAUAGUUCAAGUGAGCUUCACCACGACAGCAAGAGCGUUGGAAAGCACAGAAUAUCCCCCGCAAAGAGAGAAUCUCCAUCUGUAGAGGCGCCUGCCGCAGAGAUAGAGCCUGUUACCGCUGUACCUAAUACACUCGAGCCAGAAUUGUCAACGGACUUGGACACGGACUCCGCCUUUGAAUAAGACCACGCCUUGUUGGAAACAUCGAACCCGCUAUCCCAUAUUGAAACAACAGAGGAGAUACUUUCCCCUGAAACAAAGGAAAUGCUUUCACAUAUUUUGAAACAACAUACGAAAUGCUUUCCCAAUUGAUUUGAAACAGGAACUUAUUUCCGUAUUGAAACAGCACAAGAUGAAGCGCUUUCUACAUUGACUCAAUAAGUAGGCGUUGUUAACUCUGCCUGUUGUUUUGCCCGGUUUCUGAAAACAAUGGAAUUUUUAGAAGCAAACAGUAUAAGUUAUGUGAGAACUCCGUACAAAGACGCUUUUUGUUGUGGAUAACGUGGAAACAGAACUUGUACAUAACAUCUCGCAGAACAUACACAUUUUCAUGCUCAGUGACAUCCCUGUCGAAAACA